AUGACUACAGAAACCCCAACCAGCGGAUUAACCGGUAAGAUUUCCUCCCUCGACAUGUCUAACCUUAAGGGAAAGUCUCUCACUGAUAAGUUGGCUGCUGAAGCUGAAGCUAAGGACCAAAACCAAACCGAUCUUUUGGCUGUUAAGGCAGGCAUUGAAGCACCAAAGGUCUCUGAAGCCGAAGCUGCUUCUGCUCUUGCCAAGAUCGAGGCUUCCCACAAGUCUUUCUUGCACCAACACAAGGCUCAUCGUCAUCAACUCAAGGAGCUUGAAAAGGAUGAACCUCUUCUUAAGGAAAACACCAAGAGAUUUGUUCUUUUCCCAAUCAAAUACCAUGAAAUCUGGCAAAUGUACAAGAAGGCUGAAGCUUCUUUCUGGACUGCCGAAGAAAUCGAUCUUGGUAAGGACACUCAUGACUGGAACCACAAGUUGAAUGACAACGAAAGAUACUUUAUCUCUAGAAUUCUUGCCUUCUUUGCCGCUUCUGAUGGUAUUGUCAAUGAAAACUUAGUUGAAAACUUUUCUGCUGAAGUUCAAGUUCCAGAAGCCAAGUGUUUCUAUGGUUUCCAAAUCAUGAUGGAAAACAUUCACUCUGAAACUUACUCUUUAUUGAUUGACACUUAUAUUAAGGAUCCAAAAGAAGCCGAUUUCUUGUUCAAUGCCAUUGAAAACAUUCCAUGUAUCAAGAAGAAGGCCGACUGGGCCUUGAGAUGGAUCUCUGAUGAUGAUGCUCUCUUUGGUGAAAGAUUGGUUGCCUUUGCUGCCGUUGAAGGUAUUUUCUUCUCUGGUUCAUUUGCUUCCAUUUUCUGGUUGAAGAAGAGAGGUUUGAUGCCUGGUUUAACUUUCUCUAACGAAUUGAUCUGUAGAGAUGAAGGUUUACACACUGACUUCGCUUGUCUUUUGUUCUCCCACUUACAAAACAGACCAGACACCAAGAUUGUUCAACAAAUUAUCACUGAAGCUGUUAACAUUGAAAAGGAAUUCUUCACUGAUGCCUUGCCAAUCUCUUUGUUGGGUAUGAACUGUAACUUGAUGUGUCAAUACGUUGAAUUCUGUGCUGAUAGAUUAUUGGUUGCCUUGGGUAGCAAGAAGGUUUACAAUGUUAACAACCCAUUCGACUUUAUGGAAAACAUUUCUCUUGCUGGUAAGACUAACUUUUUCGAAAAGAGAGUUUCUGACUACCAAAAGGCUGGUGUUAUGGCCAAGGCUAACGACAACAAGGUUGCUGAAAGCAACUUCUCCUUUGACGAAGACUUUUAA